AUGAUGACUAAGACCAUCCAUGGAAAUUCGCAAUUCCAGAAGCCGUGUUCUCCACGCUGCACGUGGGAGUCACCCGGUGGAGGGCACCGUAAUGAAAUAGACCACAUUAUCGUCAAUAAAAGGUGCUGCCUGAAGGAAGUCGCUGUUGUACCAAAGUUCUAUACGGGAUUGGACCAUCGCCUUAUUCGAGGAAGAUUUUCCUUCACAAGGAGAGGAGAAAAAGCCGCCAAGUUCAGAGAGAGAAAUCCCAGAACUAUCAUUAACUGGGAUCUCUUCGCUACGCUAGCCUGCUUUUUGGAAGAUUCCGCAAUGGACAACAUCGACGAGGAAUAUGACCGGCUCGUUGAACUCCUUCACGACUGCGCGAAGAAGGCUGAGAGUUUCAAAACCACCUAG